UUAGUGCUGAUUUUACAGUAAUUUAGGUGCAAUAUGUAAAACUGUGAUAGCAAUAUGUUUUAAAUGUAAAAAAAUUAUAUAGGACAUUGAUAAAGCUAGAAAUGUAGAUAUUAAAAUAGCACAUGGCAGCCAUCUUGAAAAAUGGCGGCCUUUACACGUUAUUUUACGAUUUUUGCUGUAACUCAAGAAGCAUUGGAGCGAUUUUGUUCAUAUUUGGUAUGUGAAUACUAUAAGCAUGGCUCACUGUCUAAUGACACUUUUUGUAGGAGGAGGCCAUUUUGAAAAUUGGCCGCCAUUUUGAAAAAUGGCCGCCAUUUUAACAUAUUUUACUUUAACUCGAAAAGUAGUGGAGCGAUUUUGUUCAUAUUUGGUUUGUGAAUACUAUAAGCAUGGCACACUGUCUAAUGACAUUUUUGGUAGAAGGCGGCCAUUUUGAAAAAUGGCCGCCAUUCUAACGUAUUUUACUAUAACUCGAAAAGUAGUGCAGCGAUUUUGUUCAUAUUUGGUAUGUGAAUAAUAUAAGCAUGGCACACUGUCUAAUGACACUUUUGGUAGAAGGCGGCCAUUUUGAAAAAUGGCCACCAUUUUAAAGUAUUUUACUAUAACUCGAAAAGUAGUGGAGCGAUUUUGUUCAUAUUUGCCAUGUGAAUACUAUAAAAAAGCAUAUUACUUCUUCUGAUGACAACUUUCUUAUGUGUGUUAUUUUAUGAUAUUUGCUAUACUUUCGGGACACCCUGUAUUUCGUUUGUAAAAAUGCCAGCUAUUUCUGUUCGAUGGGAUUCGCUACGCUUUGGCGUUGCCGUUGUUCUGGUUCAUCUUUCCAUCAGUUCUUCCAUUCAUUUGUUAGUUUGUCCAUGGGCUUUCAAUUCUCUAGUUGAAAAGCCAUGGUUUGUCUGUGUCCUGGUGAUGACUCAAAUUCAAUUGUCAAAUGGCUCAAAAUGUAUGCCUCAUGUGUCUAGGACCUCUGCUCAAGGAGCAACAAUUGAAAGUCCAUCAUCUGAUUCUGCUAUAACUACUAGAUAGUUUACCAUAGUAAUUCAAGUUAAACUAAGUUAAACCUGAAUUCACACAUAGCUAAGCAAGGUGUGUCCAAUACCAGCCAAUCAGAACAAGC